ACAGCGCACACACACACAUACAGAGCUCGUCUCCUUGGCCGUUUCCCCUCCUUUCCUUCUCCUCUUCUCUGCAAACCCUAGCCGCCAUGGGACGUGUGAUCCGAGCUCAGCGUAAGGGUGCGGGCUCCGUCUUCAAGUCCCACACCCACCACCGCAAGGGCCCCGCCCGCUUCCGCAGCCUCGACUUCGGCGAGCGCAACGGCUACCUCAAGGGCGUCAUCACCGACAUCAUCCACGACCCCGGCCGCGGCGCCCCCCUCGCCAAGGUCUCCUUCCGCCAUCCCUUCCGCUACAAGAAGCAGAACGAGCUCUUCGUCGCCGCCGAGGGCAUGUACACCGGUCAGUUCGUCUACUGCGGUAAGAAGGCCACUCUCGUCGUCGGAAAUGUCCUCCCGAUCAGAUCUAUCCCCGAGGGUGCCGUCAUCUGCAAUGUUGAACACCACGUCGGCGAUCGCGGCGUCUUCGCUAGGUGCUCCGGUGACUACGCCGUCGUUAUCAGCCACAACCCUGACAACGACACCUCCAGGAUCAAGCUCCCAUCUGGUGCCAAGAAGAUUGUUCCCAGCGGCUGCCGUGCGAUGAUUGGGCAGGUUGCCGGUGGAGGUAGGACUGAGAAGCCUCUUCUCAAGGCCGGUAAUGCCUACCACAAAUUCAGAGUGAAGAGGAACUGCUGGCCUAAGGUUCGUGGUGUGGCUAUGAACCCAGUCGAGCAUCCUCACGGAGGAGGUAACCACCAGCACAUUGGUCAUGCUAGCACUGUCAGGCGUGAUGCUCCUCCUGGCCAAAAGGUUGGUCUCAUUGCUGCCAGGAGAACUGGUCGGCUCAGAGGACAAGCUGCUGCUACUGCUGCGAAGGCCGACAAGGCUUAAGAAGUUAUUGUUUUUGGCUAGAUUGUUCUGGUUUUGGGUGUCUUUUACUUUUCAACUUUAUAUCUCAAGCAAGACUGCAAAAGCAUGAUGAACCCUUGUGUUAGAAAUUUUGUUAUGUUGGAAGCGCUUGUUAGUUUAUUAUUAUUUUACAAUUGCAAACGAGAUUUUGUGCCUCCUUAUGAAUGAGUAGUUGAAAUAAUUCAUAUC